GUCAAAAGGAAGAGACGGCAAGGGUGGUUGCUCAGAAGAAAGUUGCAAAGUGGCUGCAAAACGCUGCUUCAGAGCAGGUGGGCCAGAAGCCAGCAGAGCUAGCCAGUGAAGAAGCCGAGGAGAAGAAAGAAGGACAUGCUGAUGCUGAUGCAGAACCGGAGUGGCGCCAAGAAGAGCAGGAGAAGCUGCGCCAACAAGAGGAAGGGACCGCUAAGAAAGUUGCGCAGAAGAAGGUGCAAGAGUGGCAGCAAAGGGCACUUGAGGCGCAAAGCCGCGCUGACGCGGCUGACUGCCGACUGGCCGAGAAGAAGGAAGAAGCAGCAAGGCUUCAGAAAGAAGAGGCCGCCCGUGAGGUUGCACAAAGCAAAGUCGAAGAGUGGCGGCAGGAAGUGGUCGCCCACGAGGUUGCACGAAGCAAAGUCAAGGAGUGGUGUCAGCAAGCAGCCGCCUGGGCAGUGCGAGAAAUGAGGAGAAACCCGACGCCGGCGCUGCUGGGGACUCAGGUGGCACUCAGACGGGUGGCCGUUGGGCAUCACGAUUCCACGCGUUCAUGGAGAAUCCAUGGAGAACAUCCAUGGAGAAGAUCCAUUCAUUGGUUGCGCCGCACGCACGGUCUUCAUUGUGAUCUUUUGAUCUCCCAGUUUGAGGUGAAACACCUGCCUGUAAGGGGUCACAAACACUCCAGAAAAGGUCACAUUGAAAGAGCCUCAAGAAUCCAUCUGUGGUCCCUGAAGUUCCGAGGGAGUUAUCGCGCAUAUGUGUAUAUUGUAAUGGCUUCGCCCGGGUGCCGCCGACCCCUUUUCAAGAGGAGGUGCUGACCGUAGCACUUCCUGUGGACGGCCGCAGGUCUAUCUGCGUGGCUGGAGAAUGGCAAGCAGAAGAAGAAGAAGAAGCAGAAGAAGAAGAAGGCAGAAGAA